AUGAAGACAUGGCGUGGACUUAAUCAGUAUACCCUUCGGGCAAAUAACUUUGCUCGCUGGUCAUCGACGAUACAAAAACCGGCCAACAUUGCAUCGCUGCUAAAAUAUUCUGCGGAGACCAACGAGGAAACCUCGCCAGAAAUUGAGGUCAAUGUCUAUGUACGAACCAUCAGAAAACAGAAGCGUAUAGCUUUUGCUGCGGUUGGGGAUGGCUCGUCUUUGCAACCCGUUCAGGCUGUCUUGACGCCGGAUCAAGCUUUGUCUCUAUCCACCGGAGAUGCGAUCAAACUCCGUGGUAAAUGGCAAAAAUGUCCUCCAGGUAAAGCUCAAACACAUGAGCUGCAAGUAUCAGAAGCCACGAAACUGGGAUACAAUGACCCUACCACAAACCCAAUCCAGAAGAAAUAUCAAAGUCCGGAGUUCUUGAGGACCUUGCCACAUCUGCGGUCUCGACUUCCUUUCAAUGCACUCGUACUACACCUACGGUCACAGGUCAUUGGCAGCAUCACAAAUUUCUUCAACAAAGAAGGCUUCGUACAGACGCAUCCGCCAAUUCUGACAUCCUCAGAUUGCGAAGGUGCGGGUGAGGUGUUCACAGUAUCUUCUAAUGCUUCCAAGGACAGCACACAGAAGUCAGAUGACGGCGAGGUCGAGCACUUCUUCCGCACACCAAAGUACCUCACGGUGUCUUCUCAAUUACAUCUAGAAGCUCUGGCACAAUCUGUCGGAAACGUAUGGACUCUAUCACCGACAUUCAGAGCAGAGAAGAGUGACACACCUCGCCAUCUCAGCGAGUUCUACAUGCUUGAGGGUGAGAUGUGUUUUGUGGACGAUGCCAACCAAGUCAUGGAUCUGAUCGAGAACAUGUUGUCAACCAUGACAACAGAGUUACAAGGAUCACACACAGUACAGCAAAUCCUCCAAGCCAAAGCAAGUCAAACGUCAGAAGAAGCAGCGGAAGAAGGCGCAGUCACUGCUGAAGAGCUCUCUCGUCGCUGGCAAGGUAUGGCGCAAGCCGACUGGCCCAGAGUCCAAUACGCCAAAGCAAUCGAAACACUGGAGGAAGCCGUCAAGCAGGGUACAGUCUUCCAGUUCACCCCAUCUUGGGAGGAAGGUCUUCAAGCUGAGCAUGAACGCUUCCUAGCAGAGCACUUUGGCAAAGGCCAACCCGUGUUCAUCACCGACUACCCCGUUGAGCAAAAGCCCUUCUACAUGUCAAAAACACCCGGUAGUGAUCGCACAGUAGCCUGCUUCGACCUCCUGGUCCCUGAUCUUUGUGAGCUAAUUGGCGGUUCAAUGCGCGAGCACGAUCUAUCUGCAAUUCAAAAGAUCAUGCAGCAGCGCGGUAUGCUGCGCGAAUUGACGCCAGAACAACAAGCUGCUGGUGAAAGCGAGAUUCCAGAGCACAAGCUCUAUGAAGGCAAACACGCGGGAUCACUCGAUUGGUACUUGGAUCUCAGACGUUAUGGCAGUGUUCCUCACGGAGGAUUUGGUUUGGGCUUUGAUAGGUUGUUGUGCUAUCUGGCUGGUGUGGGCAGUAUCAGAGAUGUGGUCGCUUUCCCACGAUGCUACGAGGGUCUGCCACCAAACUUCAGUCUGGCUGCCAACAUGGCAGCUGGUGCCUUCGCUGGUGUCGCCGAACACUCGGUCAUGUACCCCAUCGACUUGUUGAAGACGCGAAUGCAAGUCAUGAGCCCGACGCCUGCGGCUAUCUACACUGGUCUCGGAAACGCGAUCGCUACAAUUUCACGAGCUGAGGGUUACAUGUCGUUAUGGAGAGGCUUGUCGAGUGUGAUUGUUGGCGCUGGACCUGCGCACGCCGUUUAUUUCGCUACAUACGAGGUUGUCAAGCAGCAGAUGGGUGGAAACGCAGCAGGCCACCACCCUCUCGCAGCAGCAACCAGCGGUGCCUGCGCAACAAUUGCCAGUGAUGCCUUCAUGAACCCCUUUGACGUAAUCAAGCAGCGCAUGCAAGUACACGGAAGUGUCUACACAUCAAUCACCCAAUGUGCACGCUCCGUCUUCCGCAACGAGGGCAUUCGCGCCUUUUACGUCUCGUACCCCACCACUCUCGCCAUGACCGUGCCCUUUACCGCUCUCCAAUUCACCGCCUACGAGUCCAUCACAAAGUUCAUGCACCGCCGCCCUGGUUACGACCCUCUGACCCACUGCACUGCUGGUGGUCUUGCUGGUGGUAUCGCUGCUGCCGCUACCACUCCUCUCGACGUUAUCAAGACCUUGUUGCAAACCAGAGGUAGCUCCACUGAUGCCGAGAUCAGAGGCGCCAAGGGCUUGUUCGACGCUGCUGGUAUUAUCUGGAGAAGAGAUGGCGCAAAGGGCUUCUUCAGGGGUAUGAAGGCUAGAGUCGUCACUGCUGCACCUAGCACUGCUAUCUGCUGGUCCGCCUACGAGGUUGCCAAGGCGUACUUCAUCAGCGCCGAGGAAGCCAAAUGA